GACGCACUUGCAGGUCACAGAGGAGGAGCUGUCAUCUCUGAACCGACACCGAUUUUUUUUUCCCUGCUUGAAAGCAAAUUGGUCUCAGGGGCUGAAGACGCGGGUCGGGAUGGCGACAGCCUCGACAGACUCAGGACACGGGUCCACCAAGAUAACUCCUGAGAUGCUCCAGGAGAUGCUGCAGAACUACAACCUGAGCCGCCAGGAGUUUAUCAGCACUUACAACAUCCAGCCGCUCGUCUACAUCCCCGAGUUACCGUACAGCGCCAAGACCACCUUCGUGAUCAUGUACAUGGUCAUUUUCAUCCUGGCGCUGACUGGAAAUAGUUUGGUGAUCUACAUUGUUGUGAAGAAACGAGCGAUUCAGACGGCGACAGAUAUUUUUAUUUGCUCUCUGGCGGUCAGCGACCUGCUCAUCACUGUGUUCUGCAUGCCUUUCACCCUGCUGCAGAACAUCCUGUCUGAGUGGUUCGGAGGGGUUCUGGUUUGCAAGACAGUUCCCUUUGUGCAGACUACAGCCAUUGUGACAGGCAUCCUCACAAUGACCUGCAUUGCCAUUGAGAGAUACCAGGGCAUUGUGUUCCCACUGAAGAUGAGGAGGCACUACUCAUCUAAAAGGGCUUACAAGAUGCUAGGGCUGGUAUGGGUUGCCUCGGUAAUAGUGGGCUCUCCAAUGCUGUUUGUGCAACAGCUAGAGGUGAAGUACGACUUCCUGUAUGAUCACUACCACGUGUGCUGUCAGGAGAGUUGGCGCUCUCUGACUCACAGGCAGGCGUACACCACCUUCAUCAUGGUGGCUCUUUUCCUGCUCCCUCUGACAGCCAUGCUUUUCCUCUACACACGCAUCGGCAUUGAGCUGUGGAUCCGCAAGAGGGUGGGCGACUCCUCAGUGCUCAACACCAUGAAUCACAGAGAGAUCAAUAAGAUCUCACGGAAAAAGAAAAGAGCAGUUAAAAUGAUGAUUACCAUCGUUCUGCUGUUCACCAUCUGCUGGGCACCCUUUCACACAGUCCACAUGCUGUUUGAGUAUUAUGACCUGGAGAACAAAUAUGAAGGCGUCACACUGAACAUGAUCAUCGCCAUUGUUCAGGCCAUUGGGUUCUUCAACAGCUUCAACAAUCCCAUCGUGUAUGCCUUCAUGAACGAGAACUUUAAGAAGAGCUGCGUCUCCACCCUCUCCGACUGCAUCCGAAAGCCUAACCAGCACGGCAGCGCCAUGGUGGCGCCAGAAAUCACUGUGCAGUUUAUCAAACCCCAAAGUAGAGACGCCUUCAUGGAUUCUGGUGAAGGCACUAGCUCUAAGCCGAACUCAGAAGAUAAAGGACCCGCAUGUUCAUCACAUGAAGAGAGCUUGCUGGAAAUAAUUGGAGAAAAAAUGUCCACUAUCCAAACAGUGCUCCCCGCAAACAGCUCCUCUCAAGUCAAAUGAGAAUUGGCUCAAAGUUCAGGAGUUGAAGUCGACCCCCUCCCCCUGUUGAUGGAGCAGCUGUAGGAGCAACAAAUGUGAUUUCAGGUCUCACAGUUGUGGUUCAAGGUCCCAAAAAGUCCAACAGCUUGGAAACAUAUCUCUGAAGUGCCAGGGGCAAAAGCAUUUUUUCAUUCUGGUUUGGAGAACAGCAGAAAGGAAAUUAAGGAAUUCCAAAAAGAGGCACUUUUGCUGUGAAGACUACCCCUGGAGCAAUCACAAUCAGCAGUCAGACACUGAACAACCAAUUUGUUAGAGAAUUUCUCUGACUAGAGAAAUCAUUUCUAUUGAGAUAUUUCUAAAAUCUGCAGGACAUUCAGCCUCUCUCAGUAAAUGCUUAAAAGUGUGUCAGAUGCAACUGUGUUCAGUGUCAUCUGAAAAAAGCAUUUGACGGUCACCACUGUAGAGUUAUACUGAGUAUGCUACACUGAGAACUCUUUGGAAAAAACAUCAUAGAGGACUUCAAAAGCUUUCUGCCUUUAAGAAGCAAAGGACGAUGCCUCAGCUUUUAUUGCACUGCUAGAUUUGCGUUAGUUUAAGGCAGCAUUGAAGUCAGUUCAGGUUCAAUUGCAAAACAUCAUCUUUAUAAGGUUGCUGUUCAGCUUCAUAGAUUUGUUUAUUGCUUUUAAAUCUUUUGGAGAUAGAGAUCGAUGAUUCACACAAAUUCAGUCUGAUAAUGAAACACCUCUUAUUGCCAGCAGGAACAAACAUCCGUGUACACUUUUCACUUCUUUCAAUUGAACAAUUUAAUCAUUUUAUAUAAUGUAUGAAAAACUAUUUUGACUUUUUUUUAACUGCUAUAUAGAUAGCCCAAAUAGAUGCGAAAACAACAGCCUUGUACUUUUUUCUCCAAAGGUUCUGUAUGCAACAUUCAAAGCAUUAAUAUAGAAGCAAACCACUAUCUGCUGAAAUGAAGUCAUGCUACCUCUGUGUGUGUGUUGUAAUCGGAGCCUCUCUGUGGUUUGUUGUGGUGAACAGGUCCAGCCGCUCAUUCAUGUUAGUGCAUGUUUGUAUGUCAGGGGCUAGCUCAUUGCUGCAGCUUUGCACUGUGCUCCUAUGGUUGCAUCUGAUAAUGGGAUGCUCUGUCAGCACUGUUGCUGUUGUAAGCACUAUUUAUGGAGUUAGCACUGUUAGCUGCUAACCACCAGCUCAGCCACCAUGUUGAGAACCAGACAAUUCAUACUCUCUGAAUUUCACAUAGAGCCCAUUUAAAGGGUGCUUCUUAAUCACCUUACAUACGGCAUGCCCUUUUAACAUUUAAUCAGCAGGACUUAUAAGUACCAAUGUAGUUUCACUGGUGGAGAUGACUUUUCAGCAUGUCAAAAUGUCAUUUUGACUAGUUAAAAUAUUAAUUCAAGAUAUCUGUAAAACAAUUGACACGUUACAAAUAUGGCUUGCAUACUGCAACAUAUGACUGGAUGCAGUAGGACAUCCUGAGGUCUCAUUUAUAACCUUUAGGUAUGCACAAAACUAGGCCUCAAAGUGGUAUACGCCGCUUCCCUCACAAGAGUUAUGAUCUGUAAAAGACCAACUUGACAGGAGAAUGUGUGCACCUGUACGGAAACUGUACUUGUGAAUUGAAGCCAGAUUGUAGAAAUGAAAUGUUAGAGGAAUCCUUAUACUUAUAAUGAUUCUUCUAACACAUUAAAUUUCACUUCAUAUCAUGCUUUAGUUAUAAAUCCACAUUAAUCAGAAACAUUCAGUCAGACAGUUUUAUUUGUGCCAGUAAGCCCAUGGUGUGAGGCAAUAAGUCUGAUGCUGUGAACAUAUAAAUACUGCAGUCACUCUGUUCUUGCAUGAUUCACUAUGAAGAACGACUGAUCAGCAGGGUCAUUUCAAUGGAUCAGCAUUCAUGAUGUGCUUUGCAUUGGCUAUUUAUGGUUGAAUGUGGGUGUGUAGAGGGCAGGAUAUGAGGCUUAUCCACAUGCGAACCAUUGACUGAGCCCUGCUCCUUUGUGAUGGUCCGACAAGCUGCCGGAGUAAGCAUGGAGCCCACGCUGUAACUGGCUGCACUCC